AUGGCUUCACUAUUUAGCGCCGAGCAGAACCUCUCCUACUUCACCGUCCCGGUGGCGCUCAUCCUGGCCUUGCUACCCCGGGUCUACUCGGGGCUCUCGGGGCCUGGGUCGAAGAUCUUCGACGGCACGAACCCGCGGAAGUUCUCGGAGCAGCUGGAGAAGUCCGAACUCGACAAGCAGCUCGUCCAACGCCUCCAGCGCGCCGAGGCGGCCGGCGCAAACGCGUUCGAGGGACUGCCGCUGUUCGCGGCCGCCGUGGUCGCCGGCAACUCGGCCGGGCUGCCGACCGCGACCCUGAACGCGCUCUCGGUGGGCUACAUCGCCAACCGCGUUGUGUACACCUGGUACUACAUCUGGAUCUCGAGCAACCGAAGGAUGGCGAGCUACAGGCCGCUUGUCUGGAGCGUUGGGGUCGCGUGCAUCAUGACUCUGUUCGUGAAGGCUGGACUGCAGCAGUAG